AUGCGUCUCCCCCUCGGCUCCCUGCUCGCGCUCCCCCUGCUCGCCUCAGCCUCCCCCACACCCGAGUCCGGCACUCGCAUCGCCCUCCAGAAGCGCGCGCGCAUCAUGAACGCAGACGGCACCGUCAACGCCGACGCGCUGCGCAAGCAGCUCGCGUACGCCACCGCGAAGACCCGCAGAGGAUUCGUCGCGUACGAGAAGAACACGGGCGCGAAGCACCCCCUGGACAGCGCCAAGGGCACGACGGCGAGGCGGGACACCGGCUCUGUCCCGCUGGCUGACUACUCGCGAGAGCUCUGGUACGGCCAAAUCGCCGUCGGCACCCCUCCCCAGACCUACACCGUGGACUUUGACACGGGCAGCAGCGACCUCUUCCUCCCGGGCCCGAACUGCAGCGCCAACUGCGCGGGGCACAAAGUCUACGACCCCGCGCGCAGCACCACCGCCGCCGACGCGCACAGGGGCUUCUCGCUCAUGUACGGCGACGGCUCGUCCGUCACGGGCGAGCAGUACAGCGACACCGUCUCCGUCGCCGGGCUCACCGCGACGAACCAGCGCCUCGGCGCCGCAAAGACCUACUCCGCCGGCUUCAGCACGGACGCGUUCCCCGCGGACGGCCUGCUCGGCCUGGCGUACGCGCACAUCUCGAGCUACGCCGCGCCGCCCGUCUUCGCGUCGCUCGUCGCGCAGCGCGCGGCCGCGCAGCCGCGCUUCGCGUUCAAGCUCGCAGCGGACGGCGCGGAGCUCUUCCUCGGCGGCGCCGACGCGCGGCUGUACACCGGGGCCGUUGCGUACGCGCCCGUCACGCACCAGGGGUACUGGCAGGUGGACGUGCAGAGCGCGGCGGUGAACGGCACGCGCGCGGUCGGCCGCCUCGACGCGAUCGUCGACACGGGCACGACGCUCGUCGUCGGCGACGAGGUCGCCGUGCGCGCGCUCUACGCCAAGAUCCCCGGCGCGCGCGACGCCACGCUCUCCGUCGGCAUGGGCUUCUUCACUGUGCCCUGCGAUGCGAUCCCGACCGUCGGCCUCACGUUCGCGGGCACGACCUUCGAUAUCUCCCCCGCGGCGUUCAACCUCGGCCGCGUAUCCCCAGGCGCGCCCGACUGCGUCGGCGGCAUCGUGGCUGCGAACCAGCUUUCAGAGUUCUGGAUCGUCGGCGACGUCUUCCUGCAGAACGUGUACACCGUGUUCGACAUGGGAAGCAACAGGGUCGGCUUUGCGCACCUCUCAUAG